AUGGGUGAACUAGACGCUUGGAUGGAUGAGAAUUACCUGCGACAAUUAUGGUGGUCGAUGGGAUACGAAGUUUCUUGUCGUAUCAGUGUCGACAAGUAUGGUGGAUCGUAUGCAUUUGUUGAUUUCCCCAACCAUGAAGAAGCAACCAAGGCUCUCACCACGUAUAAUGGUACUUCCAUUCCACAAACCAACAAGUGCUUUAAAUUAAAUUGGUCCAAUCGAGAUGGUAACGGAGUCCCCUUUGUCAACACGCCAAUGCAGCAGAAUAAUUCAAACACCAAUGGGGAUUAUAGCAUCUUUGUUGGUGAUUUAGGUGCAGAUGUAGAUGAUCAUGUCUUGAUGGCCGCCUUUCAAAGUAGGUACGGUUCCAUUCGGUCAGCUAAAGUCAUGAUCGAUCCGAUUACGGGUUACUCUCGUGGGUUUGGAUUUAUUCGGUUCUUUGACGAGAAUGAUCAGCAACGUUCGUUGGAAGAGAUGCAAGGCGUGUAUGUGGGAUCGCGGCCUUUACGUGUGUCAGUAGCCAGACCCCGUGCAAAGUUUGAUGUGGGCUUAAGUCCUCAUACACCCGAGUCUGAAAUUACGACGGUAUUUGUGGGUGGAUUGAAUAGUACGAUUACAGAAGAGGAGUUACGUGCUUAUUUUGGUGUAUAUGGGGAUAUUUUGGCCGUCAAGAUAAUUCCGAACAAGAAUAUUGCGUUUAUUCAGUACGAACAGAGAUCAUCGGCGGAACAGGCAAUUGCAGAGUUGAAUGGAUCGCAUCUGGGAGGGGCUAAAUUGAGGUUAUCGUUUGGCAGGACACAAUUGAAUACAGGCGGUGUGCCGCCUCAGGGCGCCUCUGCAGUCGCUGGCCCAGCAUUUCAUUAUACCAUGCCCGUGUACCAACCUCCUCUACCUAUGAUACCAGCCGUGGAUUUGGUUACACCCUCAGCAACAAUAAUAAUCACCGAAAUGAUAAUCGGCGUGGAGCCGAACAUCAUCAGCAACGACGUGGUGGUGGCGGCGGUGGUGGUAAUGGACGGAAUGACCGUGCAGGUGCCUAGAAACCCACAAUUAGUGGGGAAACAUCGUAUUGAUGGUCGACUUGUUACUGUGGAAUUUACGAAAGAACAACCUUACGAGCAUGGUAAUUCUUCCAACCGUAUCGAUGCCAAACUUCAUGCAGUGUCAUUAUCUAUGGGUUCUUUUAUUGCCCCCAAACACUAUGUAGAAGAAUGGUCUACCACUGUGGAUGUAAAAUAUUGUCUAAAAUAUGCACGGCGUGAAGUGGAAAUCUUUUUUUCUCAUCUUGGAUCUGAUUACCGUCUCAACUACAAAUUUAAAGAUGUCUUGGGAGAUAUGACGGUAGAACGUCCAGAAAAUAAGACAAUCUUGACAAUUCCAUUACGAUAUCCUGCCAUGUUUUGGAAACGUAAUUAUCAAUCGGACCGAGUAACGAGUACUUCAUUUCAAGUCACACCACGUUGGGAACGGGUCACUUUAAUUCCACUCACCAAAGAUGUACAACUGGCUACAAAGCCCAAGCCAUUGACUCCUGACCCACGUAAAGAUGUCCUUGAUAUUGGUAACUGGGUGGUCUUACGCUUAGUCUUUCAGCCUACACGUUAUGCCGUCGAAUUCGAAAAAAAGUUGAAAGAAGCAGCGGAUUUCGAUCUGGUGCCUCGCGAUCUUACGAAUCUACCUCCUGUCAUCAAGGUCACACACGCUAAAGAUUUACCUAAACCACUCACGCACGUGGAUCGUUCCUCGUAUGGAAUUCCCUUCGACGUACUCUACAUGCUGGAAUGUAUCAUUUCUUAUCGUCACUGUAGUCCAUAUAAUAUCUCACCCGAGUUUCUGGUUCUGUUAUCAAAACUGGAUGAAAAUAUCAGUCGGGGAUGUUUCGAUCUGAUUAUGUUAAUGAAGCGACGCGUUUAUAACCCGUAUGCGUUUUUCCAGCGUACAUGGGAUGAUUUCGGAAUUAAAUUAACGGCACAAAAGAAUAUACCUAGUCAUUGUGCAUUGUUACGAAAAGUGAUUGUGACGCCCACACACAUGUAUAUUCAACCACCUUCACUUGAGACAACCAACCGUGUCGUCCGACAUUAUAAACAACAUGCAGAUCGAUUUAUGCGUGUACAAUUUAUGGAUGAAAAUCUAUCUCGUGUGGGUGCGGCUCAAGAUCGAUUGAUUAAGGAAGUGAUUUACGAUCAUAUCUUUGAGGUAUUGAAAAAGGGCAUUGUCAUUGGAACCACGCGAUUUAAAUUUCUGGCCUUUUCAAGUUCUCAGUUACGUGAACAAGGAUGUUGGUUCUUUGCACCCACACCGGAUUUAACCACCGAUAUGAUUCGAUCAUGGAUGGGUGUAUUCUCACAUGAAAAGGUCGUGGCAAAACACGCUGUGCGUAUGGGCCAAUGUUUCUCUUCCACGCGACCUGUGCGUAUUCUACAAGAGGAUGAAGUUGCGCAGAUACCCGAUGUUGUACAUAAUGGAUUUACCUUCUCGGAUGGUGUGGGUAAGAUUUCACCGGCAUUGGCAGAAGAAGUAGCCUUGCAAAUGGAACUACGUACAGUGCCCAGUGCUUUUCAAUUUCGUCUGGGUGGAGCCAAAGGCGUAUUGACGGUGGAUAAAUCACUGAACGAGGGACCGGUGAAAGUCCAGUUACGACCCAGUCAGAUCAAAUUCCAGUCAAAGCAUUUGACUUUGGAGGUGAUUCGAACCUCGACGUAUAUUCAUGGAUUUUUAAACAGACAGAUCAUUACUUUGCUUUCGGCGCUGGGCGUGAAAGAUGAGGUAUUUAUGGGGUUCAUGGAUGAUAUGUUGUUGGAUAUCGAUCGUAUCUUUCAACGACCUGAAGAAGCUGUUCGUGUAUUGCUGGGGAAUGUAGAUAAUGCAGGUACUGUGCAUUCGAUGGUGCCGAUUAUCCAAGCAGGGUUUAUGGAACGUAGAGAUCCGUACAUUACCAACCUUCUGAAUUUGUUUCGGAUUAGUAUUCUCAAGGAUUUAAAAAAGAAGGCCAAGAUUAUCGUGCCUAAUGGUGCUUAUUUACUUGGUGUUAUGGAUGAGACAGACACGCUGGAAGAAGGAGAAGUCUUUAUUCAGAUUUAUGAUAAUAAUGGAACAAACAUUCAUAAAGAGAUUAUUACAGGUGAAGUUGUUGUUUUCAGAAAUCCAUGUUUUCAUCCUGGUGAUGUACGUGUAGUGAAGGCAGUGGAUAGACCUAGUUUACAUCAUUUACUAGACGUGGUGGUGUUCUCCUCCAAAGGAUUUCGUGAUAUACCCAGUAUGUGUUCUGGUGGUGAUUUGGAUGGUGAUGAUUAUACAGUGUAUUGG